UCUGCAGGAAGUCAUGUCAAGCCUACACUAUCUGCCUCUCCAAGUCAUAUUGUUCAACACGGACAGCUUGUGAACCUUACUUGUAACUCUCGUAGUAAAUAUAACAUGUUCAAAUUGUACAAAGAAUAUGGCACUCCUAUCCCUCGGGUCCAUUCCAGAAUAUUCCAGAAUAGCGUUAUCCUUGGACCUAUGACUUCAGAAUACGCAGGAACUUACAGAUGCUAUGAAUUUAAUCAUCAAUACUCUAAUCGAUUUUCAUUACACAGUGACCCCCUAGAGAUCAUAAUAUCAGGAAUCUACAGGAAGCCUUUCCUUGUGGCCCUACAGCCUCUCCUUGUGAAUGUAGGAUGGAUUGUUAACCUGACGUGUCAUUCAGAGAUUAAGUAUGACACCUUCAUUUUGACUUCACACAGAAAUGGAGUAAUCAAGGACUCUUUCAAGCUUUCUGCAAAAUCUCAUUUUCGUGGGUCUCGUACUGAAUUCUCAAUAGGUCCUAUGACACCUGAUCAUGUUAGAACAUAUACAUGCUAUGGUUCUUUCCUUCGAUCUUCAUAUGAAUGGUCAGACAGCAGUGACCCCAUUGACAUCAGGAUCACAGGUUUAUACAAAAAACCUUCUCUGUCAGCCCUGAUUGUCCCUGUGCUGAUGUCAGGAGAAAACGUGACCUUGUCCUGCAUUUCCGGCCAUAGAUUUGACAUGUUCUAUCUAUCCUUAGAAGGGGUUUCUCAGGGACAUGGGCUGCCUGCUAUGCAGAGCCACAAUGGGACAUUCCAGGCCAACUUUGCUCUCGGUCCUGUGAUACAGAAAGGGAACUAUAGAUGCUAUGGCUCUUUCAGGAACUCUUCCCAUGUGUGGUCAUCCCCAAGUGACCCCUUGUAUCUUCCUGCAAAAGGAAAUUGCACUUCAUGCACAGAAACACACUCCAAAUCUAAUAACCACAGGAACAUGUGUAUUCUAAUUGGACUGUUAGUUACCAUGAUCAUUGUCUUCAUCAUCAUCCUUUAUUUUUGUUGCUCGGCCAAAAAGAAUAAGUCUCAGGACCAAGCCAGUGAGUCCAUCAUGGACCAAGAGCCUGAAGUGAAAAGAACACUGAACAGACAGGAUGGUGAAAGACAAGAAGGGCAGGAGGUAACAUACACAGAAUUUGAUCAGAGGAUCUUCAAACAAAAAUUAGUCACUCACAUUUCCCAGAUUCCAAGAGAGUUUGUCACAAAUAACAUUGUGUACAUGGAAGUCAUGAAAAGAUAA